UCAUUACUUUGCAGCUCAUGUCAAGUGACACCAAACAUCAAAGAGCUGCCGUCAUGAAUCCUUGGUACGCCGCAAGGCAUCGCCAUACAGAGCGCCGUGAAACAGCAUAAAUUAAUGUAUUUUUGCGCGCUCUAUCGUCGACAUGACAUGCAUGCUCAUAACUCGGGGGGUGGGGGCCGCAAAACCGAAUUGAUAAUGAGGCGAGUUCGAACCUCAGGCUACCCCUAGCCCACUUGUUAUACUACCAAGUCCACUAAGUACACUUAGACCGUAACGAACAUUGAUAAGCAUAACAAUCCACGGAAGUCUCAACUCAGGUUACCCUGCAGACGUAAGAGGUUGCUUGAUGUUUCAAAGAUAGGACACCCGAACCUAGGGUCCAGGCGACCGGCAAUGGCUGCUCUGAAGUGGCUUUUGCUCGGCGUGCUGGCGCUGCUAGCGGACCAGGCGGCAUCGACCCAAGACUCGGCGCUGGGCCAGGCGCACCAGCUGCACAUUGAAGAGGUGCAAGGAAUACUCAGCCGAAGUGGUCGCCAGCUAUCGCAGACGUUUGGUGGCUCAAGUAUUGUGCCACUGGUUCUGGAUGAGUCUCCCUGCGUCGCCUUCAACUCGGACGAUUCUGCGCCGCUGCUGGACUCUGCUGGUAUCAUUGUGGGCUACACCACCGUACACUCAAACGGCUACGACAGCCAGGGUCAGGCCAUCAUGCGGCUGGACGUCGCCGCCAUCCUGCCCGGGCUCUACUUCGCAAACGCCAACCUCUCCACCGCCGCCCUCGGCAGCAGUGGCGGCCUUAGCGUGCAGGCCCCCAGCAACAGCAGUAGCAGCGGCGCCAACAGCACCGCUGUCAGCAGCAGCAGCAGCCCCGGCAGCAGCACGGUCGGCGGCAGCAACAUCCGGGCAAUCAUCAGCCCGGACCUGCCAGAGGCGUGCCCCUCCACCGCGCCGCAGCAGGACCUGUAUGUGCAGGGGGUGGCGGUGAGCUGCGGCAAGCGGCGCAGCACGCUGGACGUGUCGGUGCCGCUGGCGCUGUUCAACUGCACCGCCGCCACCACAGACGACUUCACGCAGGUGUUCUUCCUACAAGUGGAGGCGGACAUGGCCAAGCAGACCUGCGGCGCGCCCACGGUGCCCUUCUACGCCGGCUCGGUGCACAACAUCAUCGCCGGCGGCUGCACCUACAUCAUGGUGACCGCGCAGUGCAAGCCCUCCACCUGCGGCGCUGCCGUGGACACAACGGCCCUGGCCCCCGGCGACCUGCUGAGCCUGGCGCUGGGCGCCACGGGCCGCGUGCAGGGCGGCGUCACGGGCAGCAACGCGCAGCGCGGCAACAGCAAGUACUUCGCGCAACAGGGCCUGUCGGGCGCGGGCGCGGCCAUGGUGGGCGGCUUGUUGGGCGGCCUGCUGCUGCUGGUGUCUGUGCUGCUGGGCUGGGUGCUGUUCCGCCGCAAGGGGGGAGUGGACCGCUUCGGUGCCGCCGCCAAUCGGCGGCUGCGGCGCAAGGGCAGCGUCGCCUCAGACUACCUGGACGCCUAUCGCUUCGGCACCGACGGCGACUCGUUCACCUUCACCAUCCAUGGCAAGCUGGCAGAGCGCAAGAAGCACGGCAAGGGCAAGAUGGGCGCCGCAGGCGGUGAUGACGUAGGCAUGGAGGACCUGUCAUCCAAGCCGAGUGAGUCGCUCCGGGCCAAGGCGGCGGGGCGCUGGCGCGACAAGUUCGGCAGCCGGACCGCCGGCUCGCCCGCCGUCGCGGCCAUGCGCAGUGGGCAGCUGCCGCCCACCAUCACCGAGGCUGAGGUGGAGGCUGAGGUGGAUGCCGCCCUGUCGGGCGGCGCCAUCGAGAACGCCGCCGCCGUCGCGGCGUCUUCGGGAGCGCUCAACGUUGCCAUGCAGAACUUCGGCGUCAGCCCCUUCAGCUCCGCCACCGCCGGGGCGGCAGGUGCCCAGGCGUCGGGCAACAGUGCUUCCAGCCUGUUGUACGUCAUUGGUGGCCGCCCUCCGUCGAGCGUCUUUGGCGGCGGCGGCGGCGGCUCCGUACUCUCGCCGACCGGCGCAGCCGCGGCCGCCCGCGUGCCUUCAGUCUUCGCGCAGCCGCGCGGUGCCAUGGCGACGGCGAUGGCAGCCGGCGGCGGCGCCGUUGUGGCGGUGGGGUCGAUGCCGCGCUCGCAGAUGAGCAUUUCCACGCCGCGCCGCGGCGCGCUCAGCGUGAUCCGGCCGGCGUCCACGGUGCCCAUGGUGGUCGGCCGCGGCGGCGCCGCCGCGCAGCGCACGCCGGGGUCGCCGACGUCACCGUCAGCCGACACGGCCACGGUGGCGGCAGAGCUGGCGCCGCCGGAGAACGCACAGUCGGUGUUCCUCAACCCCCUGGCCAUGAUAGGCCCUGGCGGGCGGGCCCGCGGCGCCGGCGCCGGCGCCACCGCCGCCAGCAGCGACGCCGAGCAUGACGCCGACGUUGGCGGCGGCGGCGCCGCCGGCCGCCACAUGGUGACCAUGGCGGAGGCGGCGGCGAUGGCCCACUGGGCCGCCACGCCCAGCAUCGUUGGCGGCGGCGUUGGUGGAGGCGGCAGCUACAGCAGCCGCCGACGUGGCAGUGCCGGUCCCUCCGGCUCCAGCCGCGGUGCGCCGCACACCGGCCAGCUGCCUCUGAUGGGAGGCGGCGGCGGCGGUGGCGGCGAGGAGCCGCUGAUGCGGCAGGUGGUGGAGGAGGAGGAGGGGCCACCCAGCGCCACCACCCACUACUCGGCACCGCAGUCGCACGUGGCACCGGCGGCGCCGCACUCGCCGUCCGCGUACGGCGCCAGCCCGCCCUCGCCGCACUGGCACCAGCAGCAGCCGUCGCGCCACGGCGAGCCCGGCGCCGCCGGCGGCCGGCCAGUGGUGACAUCGAUCUGGUCUGCGGCCCUGCAGCAGCUGACGCCGCGGCACCUGCUGCAGUCGCACACGGCUCCGUCGCCGCACGUCUCGACAGCGGCGUCCCGCGCAACGGCUCCGCCGCCUGCCCCCGUCAUGGGCGCGGCGCCGCCGUCGCAGUGGCUGCGCGCCUCCUCCGGCAUCAUCGGGGCGCCGCGGCCUGGAUCGACGCUCGUGGGCCGCCGCCCGGGCCCCGGCCCUGUGGCUGAGGGCACGCUCCUUCUGACGCCGGUGCAAUCCGAAAGCGACUGGGACUCGAGCGCCCGCGCGUUUGAUGUCGCGCAUGUGGCGGAGGCUGCCGGCGCCGCCGCCGCUGGCAUCGCGCCGCCGUCAUCGCCGCGGCGGGUGGCUCAGCUGGCGACGGCCGUGCCGCAGGACGCAGCGCCGGCGGUGCCGGCGCGGCGGCGCGCGCUUGCGCCGCUGGUGCUGCCGCCGGCUCUGCCGAUGGUGGACGCUGCGGCCCUGGCGGCAGCGGGUGGCGCGGGUCUGCGUGUCCGCUCGCGGCGCCUGCACCCGUCUGCCUCCGUGUCCUCUGCCGCCACCCCAACCUCCACAGCUGCCUCGGAAUCGUCGAUGCGCUCGACAGCGUCUGGCGACGAGCGCAUGUGAGGAGGAGGCUGCUCACGCCGAUGUGGUCGUGGGCAAGGGGCGCACCGCCCGGGACAGCGGCGUGUCAAUAAGCCCUGUUUCACAGACAGCGGCACAUGCAUUUCUUCACAAGGCAACGCGUGGUUGGGUGGAGGCUGGUGAAACGACGAUGACACAAACCGCCACAUCUGCCUUCUGCACCUCAAACCUCCAUUCCUGGACUGCCGUUUAUCACAAGCACCUCCGUCCCAAGCGUCCAUGUCAAGCAAACCCAACCGCUCUGAUCAACGCCAGAAUGCAUCCCGCCCCAAUGCUUCGUAGCACUUGUGAACGCACACGCUCGUCGCCGUCAGCUCGUAGGUGCACGGCACGAGGGCAUCUUCUGCACCUGACAUUUACAUAUCUGGCACAGAGCUGGCGCCACAUAGCAUGCUUACCAACCUGACUUGCAAGCAAAUAGCACUAGCAAGAGCCAAAUAGGCUUCACAAAUCAUGACCGCAACGCAAUUGCGGCAAGGUGGCGUUCGAAGAAUGGCAUGGAGUGAGAGGCGUGGGACACGCACCACUUUGCUUGCAUGCCACGUGUGGGCCAUAGCAGCUGAGCGUCCCGAACCCUAAUGAACCGAAACAUAGCAGGGGUGAAGGUGCUGAACAGUAGCGCGAUCGACUGAUUGCCGCAUGGGGCGACUUUGGUGUGAGCACUUGGCCGUACGGAAUGGGUCGUGGCUCACAACAUUGCAGCUUUCCGAAGGCGCAGUGUCGUACUCAUGAUGCACGCAACUGAAGAUUGGUAAUGGCAGGCAGGUUGACACAGAUCUCUGCUGCAGGCGGGCGUGUGCGCGUGCUGGUUGGAGCUGCAUGUGUGUGUGUGUGUGUGUAUGUAUGUGCGCGCGCUUUUGUGGAUGUAGGAGCACAACGAGCCCGGGUUUGGUGCACCUCACUACCACCACCACCCGUGGCCACUGCGUCAAAUGCAACCCGUGCAUGUCGUGCUUGGCCAAGACAGCUGAGGGCUCGACUGGCACGUGCGAUGACUGUGGCUCGUGUCUGAUGACAGUGGUUUGUCUGUGCUGCGGGUGUGCGUAAGUGCGCGUGAUUGAAUCGUGCGCAACUCUAGAGCACGGUGUGCCACCGAAGUCGCAUAUCCUUCACUCAUGCCUUAACGGUUGCCUCGCAUUACAUGCGAUUGGGUUUUCGCACGGGACGAGCCACCCGUUUCAUCCUCGGAAGUUUGGGUCCAGGGUGACUUUGUGGGGAGGCUCUGUCUCACAUUUCCACGCCGCCUUUCCUUACGCCGGCUCCCAUGCUUAGGGUAAUCAUCUGUUCACAAUAGUUCGGUUGGCAUCAAGCAUGUCGGACGUCAUGGGCCGUCAACACGGAUAACUGUUUGGGCAUAGUCGGCUCGGUUAGCUAGCGUAUUGGUGGUACGGCAAGUCAACACGCACUCGCACCACAUAUGGCGAGGAAUGACACAGUGCCAAUCACUGCGGUAAUGCACUGCCUUGCAUGUCUGGACUAGUCAGGAGGUCCGUCGCUGUGCGCCUGCCAGUGUGGGUAAGGCUCUAGAUGUUUAGCUUGCGCGGGGAUGAGGCAGUCAUGCAUUCGUACGGUGUUGCCAAACGCGCCGCCGGGAGUUCGUGUGUAUGUGCAUAUGAAUACAAGGGUUCCCCUGUGUGAACAUGCCUGGUUUCCGGAUAUGCUUGAGCUAUGGUGCACGUGGAGUCUGCAAGCCCGCACAACAACCACCGCUCCGUAGCUUUUGUCAUUGAUCACACGCAAAUGCGCUUUUGGAAAGGCAUCCGUGAGUGUGUGACACUUCUGCAUCCAUGCGGCUGUGAGGUGAUGCCUAUCAUACUGUCCCCUUCGGCGAAGCCAGUGUGUGUUUGACGGCAAUGCCGUCAUCGCUGAGCGGCUGCUGGCUCCUAAACCUGUGUGGGCGCGGACUGUGUGCUGCUUGUUUGUUUGCUUGCCAUAAGGACACAUGGCCGGGAUACCCAAGCACCUGUCUGGUGCCUGUGCUAGCCACGCUGUGUAUGACGGUGGUUAUGUAGCCGCCAUACCAGGCGUGGUGAGCGGCGAUUAGCGCGGUAAGCGGCAACGUAUAUAUAGUGUCGGCAUUAGAGCAGCAUUACCUGAAAAUCUUUGUGUUGGCGGGCUGUCAAGUGUUAGGGUGUCCAAUCCCAACGCGUUGCGUUGCUAUGUAGAAUAGGCGUUAAGCAGACUGUAUUGUGUGAAGUGUGGAUCGGCACUGGCAAGUACGCUGUGUGGCUCCGGCGCAAGAACGAGCAGGAUAGUGACUGCAGGCGUCAGGUCAGCAGGCGUCGGAUGAGAGUUUGGAUGGCAAUGGAAGUGGGGUUAGCGGUCAUCAUGGGUUGCCGGCGCAUGCAUACAUGUGGGCAACGUGGCAAGUCCACGACGGCAGUGAACCAUGGGCCCCUCGCCACCGCGAGUGGGAGCCGCCAGCUGGCGCCCCUCUGGAGCGAAAGGCAGUGGCCCAGCAGCCCGUCAUGCUGCUACACCUUGUAACUUCACAGGCCA